AUGGUUCCAUGUCUUGUCGAUGCACAUUGCCAUGUGUCUACUAUGGUGGAUGCUGUAGGAUGCGAUAAGAUCAGAAGCAAUUUGGACCUGGCCCUUGCCGGAACGGCAAGUGAUGUCCAACGGUGUGUCAUGAGCACGAAUGUGUACGACUGGGAAUUACUGGAGCCCCUGCUGCUAAUGAAACAACUGGAUGAUGAAGGUCCCGGAAUCAAUGUUAGUCUUGGUGUGCAUCCCUGGUAUUGCCAUUUAUAUCAGUUAGAUAGGUCGCUUUCUAAGGUAGGGCAUUAUAGGAAUUGUCUUAAAUGUAAAGACGAGGUACAGUUGAUGGAAUUGGUAGAGCAAUUGCCGGAUCCAGUAGAUUUGUCAAGUUACUUGUCAGAUGAGCGGGUUUCUCGUGUGGGUUGUAUUGGCGAGAUCGGAUUGGACAAGGUUUUUCGGUUGCCUCAGAAUGGCUUUCUCGUGAGCAAUAAUGGGACAUCGUUGGAAAGAAGUAGUUUAAGCAAUGUAAGGGUAGAGUUUGCACAUCAGAUCCAGGUAUUUGAAACGUUAUUAAAAGUUGCAAAGGGAAGGGGGUUGCCGGUUUCGAUCCAUUCUGUGAAAUGUCAAGGUACUACUUUUGAUAUUUGCAAGAGAAUAUUAUUGGAUAGCGAGGUGAACAUAUGUUUGCACUCGUUUACUGGGACAUUGGAUACGGUGCGGCUAUGGCUGGCGAAUUUCCCACAUGAACGGCUUUUCUUUAGCGUUUCGUGUUGGAUCAACUUGAAAGACUGGGAUUCUGGUGCUGAGCUGUUGAAGAGUUUGCCCUUGCAGUGUAUUUUGACAGAGACAGAUUGUUCUGUGGAUUCAGUGUCGUCGCAAGAGCAACGACAGAUGCUAGAUUCCGUUCUUGACGCCAUUUCAAGAGCUCACGGCAUUUCCAGGACUAAGGCGAUGGACACGGUAUUACAAAACUUCAAUAGAUUCUUACGUAAAUGA